AUGUUUGCUCUACAUGGAGAAGUGACAACUGGAACGACGACAACAACAACAGCAACAACAGCAACAGCAACAACAACAACAACAGCAACUACAACUACAACAACAGCAACUACAACCACAACAACAGUAACUACAACCACAACAACAGCAACUACAACAACAACUACUACUACUGCUACUACCGCAACCUGCAACAGCACGUUUCUUACUCAAAUUACUUAUGCAACUGGCUCUGCUCCACGGUCAAUAGCAGUAGUUGAUGUGAAUAAUGACAAUAAAUCGGAUAUUAUUGUUGGAAACGAUGUUUCGAACAGUGUCAGUGUUCUCCUCAACAAUGGCAAUGGCACAUUUCUUACUCAAACUACUUACGCAGCUGGCAUUUAUCCAUACUCAGUAGCAGUAGUUGAUGUGAAUAGUGACAAUAAACCUGAUAUUAUUGUUGCAAACGAUGGUUCGCACACCGUCAGUGUUCUCCUCAACAGUGGUAGUGGUACAUUUCUUACUCAAACUACUUACGCAACUGGCAAUAAUCCAAUCUCAGUAGCAGUAGUUGAUGUGAAUAGUGACAAUAAACCAGAUAUUAUUGUCGCAAACUAUGUUUCGAACACCGUCGGUAUUCUCCUCAACAGUGGUAGUGGUACAUUUCUUACUCAAACUGCUUACCCAGUAGGCUCUUAUCCACGUUGA